CCGGGAGCCCCGGGCCGCGCCGCCGCCAUGGGCUCGCUGUUCCGCGGCGAGCCCGUGUGCCUGGCGCAGCUCUUCCUGCAGAGCGGCUCGGCCUACGAGUGCCUCAGCGAGGUGGGCGAGUGCGGCCUGGCCGAGUUCCGAGACCUUAACCCAAAUGUAAGUGUGUUUCAGAGAAAAUAUGUGAAUGAAGUGAAGAAAUGUGAAGAAAUGGAAAGAAUACUUGGGUAUUUAGUACAAGAAAUUAAAAAAGCAGAUAUUCCACUUCCUGAAGGAGAUGUUGCUCCUCCUGCCCCCUUGCUGAAACACAUUUUAGAAAUCCAGGAACAGCUGCAGAAGUUGGAGACAGAAUUGAGGGAAGUAACUAAAAACAAAGGAAAAUUGAGGAAAAACUUGCUUGAAUUGACAGAAUACAAGUACAUGUUACAGAUCACACAGAAUUUUGUCAGGAGAACACCUGAGCAUGAAUCCUAUUUACAUGGAAAUUUUGAAGAAUUUUCUUCUGUGGAAAAUGAGCCAUUGGUGGAUUUAAACUGCACGCACAGACUGAGUACCUCACUGGGAUUCAUAUCUGGGUUAGUUCACAUUUCAAAGAUUGAAGCAUUUGAAAAAAUGCUGUGGAGGGUCUGUAAAGGCUAUCCCUUUCUUACCUAUGCAGAGCUGGAUGAGGCUCUGGAAGAUCCAGAUACAGGUGAAACCACAAAGUGGGCUGUUUUUUUAGUGUCCUAUUGGGGCGAACAAAUCGGUCAAAAAGUUAAGAAGAUUUGUGACUGCUAUCGCUGUCACGUGUACCCCUACCCCGAUACCACCGAGGAGCGCCAGGCCGUGGUCGAAGGACUCAAUGUUCGUAUUCAGGAUCUUGAAACUGUGCUGAAUAAAACUGAGGAAUACUUGCGCCAGGUCUUGUAUAAAGCAUCGGAAUCCAUCUAUACUUGGGUUAUCCAGGUGAAGAAGAUGAAAGCCAUUUACCACGUCCUUAACCUGUGUAGUUUUGAUGUCACAAAUAAAUGUUUAAUUGCUGAAGUUUGGUGUCCAUUGGCUGAUCUCCACAAAUUGCGCCAUGCAUUGGAGGAAGGCUCGAGGAAGAGUGGAGCUGCAAUUUCAUCAUUCAUGAAUACCAUCCCAACAACACAACCUCCUCCGACUUUGAUACGUACCAAUAAAUUCACCUCAGGGUUCCAGAACAUCGUUGAUGCUUAUGGAGUUGGAAGCUAUGGGGAAGUCAAUCCAGCUCUCUAUACCAUCAUCACUUUCCCCUUCUUGUUCGCGGUCAUGUUUGGAGACUUCGGGCACGGGCUGCUCAUGUUCAUAUUUGCACUCCUGACAAUACUGUAUGAAAACCACCCUAGGUUAAAAAGAGUGCAAUAUGAGAUAAUGAAAAUGGUAUUUGAAGGCCGAUAUGUGAUAUUGUUAAUGGGGCUGUUUUCUAUAUACACUGGAUUGAUCUAUAAUGACUGUUUUUCAAAGUCAAUAAAUAUAUUUGGAUCUGGAUGGAGUGUUUCAGCAAUGUUUGAACGGAAGGUUUGGAGCCUUGAGGACCUGAAAUCUAAUCGAUAUUUAGUGCUGGAUCCAAAUGUUUCUGGUGUCUACAAUGGAGUUUAUCCCUUUGGAAUUGAUCCGAUAUGGAAUUUGGCAAGCAACCGCCUCACUUUUUUAAAUUCAUUCAAAAUGAAAAUGUCUGUGAUCUUUGGAGUGACUCACAUGACAUUUGGAGUUGUAUUGGGGCUGUUUAACCACUUGCAUUUCAAGAAGACCUAUAAUAUUUAUUUGGUUUUUAUUCCUCAACUUCUAUUCAUGUUGUGCAUAUUUGGCUACCUGGUGUUCUUGAUCUUCUUUAAAUGGUUGGCGUACUCUGCAGAGGACUCUGCAGUUGCCCCCAGUAUUCUGAUACAGUUUAUUAACAUGUUCCUGUUUCCUGGUAAUGAAACAAAGAGCUUCUUCAGUGGCCAGAUUCCUCUGCAGAAGUUUUUACUUUGUGUUGCUUUUUUUUGUGUUCCUGUAAUGCUGCUUGGUAAACCACUUUAUCUCUACUGGUUGCACAGUGGAGGCCAAGGCAUAAGAAUGUACAGGAGCGGCUACAAGCUUAUCCGAAAAGAAAGUGAAGAAGAACUUUGUCUCCUGUCAUGUCAUGAUCUUGAAGAAGGAGUCAGUCAUUCAGACAGCGGGCACAGGGAGGGGGAUGCAGAGGAGCUGAACUUGGCAGAUGUUUUUAUGAAUCAAGCAAUUCAUACCAUUGAAUAUUGUCUGGGAUGCAUCUCUAACACAGCCUCAUACCUGAGACUCUGGGCAUUGAGUCUUGCUCAUGCACAGUUAUCAGAAAUUCUGUGGCAGAUGGUGUUGAGGAUGGGUCUCCGUGUGGAUACGAAGUUCGGUGUCUUGCUGCUAAUCCCUGUUCUGGCAUUCUUUGCUGUGCUGACAGUUUUUAUUCUGCUGGUCAUGGAGGGGCUUUCUGCUUUUCUCCAUGCAAUACGACUUCACUGGGUGGAAUUUCAAAACAAAUUCUAUUCCGGUGGAGGAUACAAGUUUACGCCUUUCUCUUUUAAGCACAUUUCUUUAAAUUUUAAUAAAGAUGGUGCAUUAUAAUUUGGCUGCAGAAAUGUUUGGAAUUGUCUGCGAAUAACUGCGUGAUUGGAUCUUGCCUAUGAAUGGUUUCUUGUGGAACAAAGUGGUUUUCACUGAUUGCCUUAUAACGCAGCCAAACAAUUCUGUAAAGCAUACCUCCUCUAGAAAGACAUAGCAGAGCUGGAGCAUCUUGUAAAAUAUAUAGAUAUAAAAUGUACACUUUUCUUCAUAAACUAAUGUUGUAAAUUAAUUUUAUUCUU